CGGGCAGAAGCCUCCAUCGGGGCCACUCCUCCGCCUGCCUCUCCGGAAUGAGGCCUAAGUUCCCGCACCGGAAGGCCCCCUUUCUCCUCCAAGAGAGCCCAAGAAGAGGCCGAAGCCGGGACGAUGCCUGGGAAGCUGAAGGUGAAAAUCGUGGCCGGGCGCCAUUUACCAGUGAUGGACCGAGCUAGUGACCUGACUGAUGCCUUCGUGGAGGUAAAAUUUGGUAAUACCACCUUUAAAACAGAUGUGUAUCUCAAGUCCCUCAACCCUCAGUGGAACUCAGAGUGGUUUAAAUUUGAGGUGGAUGAUGAAGAUUUACAAGAUGAACCUCUCCAGAUCACAGUUCUUGACCAUGAUACGUAUAGUGCAAAUGAUGCCAUCGGUAAAGUGUACAUUGACAUUGAUCCUUUACUCUACAGUGAGGCUGCAACUGUCAUCUCAGGAUGGUUUCCAAUUUAUGAUACCAUUCACGGUAUCCGUGGGGAAAUCAACGUAGUUGUCAAAGUAGACCUCUUCAAUGAUUUAAAUCGAUUCAGGCAGUCAUCAUGUGGAGUCAAAUUCUUCUGCACAACAUCUAUUCCAAAGUGCUAUAGAGCUGUAAUAAUUCAUGGAUUUGUAGAAGAACUUGUGGUCAAUGAAGACCCAGAAUAUCAAUGGAUUGAUCGAAUUCGCACGCCAAGGGCAUCAAAUGAGGCCAGACAGAGGCUCAUUUCUUUAAUGUCAGGUGAAUUACAGAGGAAGAUUGGCUUAAAAGUACUUGAAAUGAGAGGAAAUGCAGUUGUUGGGUACUUACAGUGUUUUGAUCUGGAAGGCGAAUCUGGGUUAGUGGUACGAGCCAUAGGAACAGCGUGUACGCUGGAUAAAUUAAGUAGCCCAGCAGCAUUCCUUCCUGCAUGUAAUUCCCCGUCCAAAGAAAUGAAGGAGAUUCCCUUCAAUGAAGAUCCCAAUCCCAAUACUCACUCAUCAGGACCCUCAACCCCUCUGAAAAACCAAACUUAUUCCUUUUCACCUUCCAAGUCCUACAGUCGACAGUCCUCUUCUUCUGACACAGAUUUGAGUUUGACACCCAAAACUGGAAUGGGAAGUGGUAGUGCUGGAAAAGAAGGGGGGCCCUUUAAAGCUCUUUUAAGACAACAGACUCAAUCAGCAUUGGAACAGAGGGGAGGAUCGCCUCAUAGGUUCUGUAGAAGGCGGGAAUUUCCAUUUUUCACCCUGACGGCAUUUCCUCCUGGAUUCCUUGUGCAUGUUGGGGGCGUUGUUAGUGCACGCUCUGUGAAGCUUUUGGAUCGUAUCCACAAUCCUGCCUUUGUCGGAAUUAUGGGUAACACAAGAUCUUACAAACUGCUAGACUGGAAUAGUUUCAAUUCAGAUGAACCAGAAACUCGAGAUGCAUGGUGGGCAGAAAUCAGACAAGAAAUAAAAUCCCAUGCCAAAGCACUAGGCUGUCAUGCUGUAGUGGGCUACAGUGAAUCAACUAGCAUCUGUGAAGAGGUCUGUAUUUUAUCUGCAUCCGGCACGGCAGCUGUACUGAACCCUAGAUUUUUGCAGGAUGGCACCGUGGAGGGCUGUUUGGAACAGAGGCUAGAAGAAAAUUCGCCUGCAGGCUGUGGAUUUUGCCAUAUACCAUAUGAUGAACUGAAUAUGCCGUUUCCAGCUCAUCUCACAUACUGCAAUAACUGCAGGAAACAAAAAGUUCCUGAUGUUCUCUUCACAACCAUAGACCUCCCAGUGGAUGCAACAGUUAUUGGAAAAGGUUGUCUCAUUCAAGCAAGAUUGUGUCGCUUAAAAAAGAAGGCACAGGCAGAAGCAAAUGCCACAGCCAUCAGUAAUCUCUUGCCAUUUAUGGAAUAUGAAGUGCAUACUCAGCUAAUGAAUAAACUAAAACUCAAAGCAAUGAAUGCUUUAUUUGGACUGAGAAUUCAGAUCACAGUGGGCGAAAAUAUGUUGAUGGGCUUAGCGUCGGCCACCGGUGUGUAUUUAGCAGCUUUACCAACGCCUGGUGGUAUUCAGAUUGCUGGAAAGACUCCUAAUGAUGGCUCAUACGAGCAGCACAUAUCUCAUAUGCAGAAGAAGAUAAAUGACACGAUUGCCAAGAAUAAAGAGUUGUAUGAAAUCAAUCCUCCGGAGAUAUCUGAAGAGAUUAUAGGAUCCCCCAUUCCAGAACCUAGACAACGCUCAAGACUUUUGAGAUCUCAGUCAGAAAGCUCUGAUGAAGUUACAGAAUUGGACCUUUCACAUGGGAAAAAAGAUGCCUUUGUUUUGGAGAUUGAUGACACAGAUGCUAUGGAAGAUGUACAUUCUCUCCUCACUGAUGUCCCACCUCCUUCAGGCUUUUAUAGUUGUAAUACAGAAAUCAUGCCUGGUAUAAAUAAUUGGACAUCUGAAAUACAGAUGUUUACAUCAGUAAGAGUAAUCCGAUUAAGCAGCCUUAACCUGACUAAUCAAGCCCUUAAUAAGAACUUUAAUGAUCUCUGUGAAAACUUGCUUAAGAGCCUGUAUUUUAAACUCCGGUCUAUGAUCCCCUGCUGCCUCUGCCAUGUCAAUUUUACAGUCUCCCUCCCUGAAGAUGAAUUAAUUCAGGUUACAGUCACAGCAGUUGCAAUAACUUUUGACAAAAAUCAAGCUUUACAGACUACAAAAACACAUGCUGAGAAGUUAUUGCAAAGAGCCUCUACAGAUAAUGAAGAACUUCUGCAGUUUCCCCUGGAACUCUGUUCAGAUUCACUUCCUUCUCAUCCUUUUCCACCAGCUAAAGAACACCUGGAGAGUGCAAGUUCUAACUCAGGUAUACCAGCUGCACAGAGAGCAACGUCAGUUGAUUACAGUUCCUUUGCAGACAGAUGCAGCAGCUGGAUAGAGCUCAUUAAACUGAAAGCUCAGACCAUAAGGCGCGGAUCAAUUAAGACAACAGUGACAGUUGAAAAAGCAAGUCCAAUGGGUGAAGGAAACUUCCGGAAUCGUUCUGCUCCACCUUGUGCAAAUUCUACUGUUGGGGUUGUUAAGAUGACACCUCUUUCUUUCAUUCCUGGAGCAAAAAUAACAAAAUAUCUUGGUAUAAUUAACAUGUUUUUUAUUCGGGAAACCACUUCUCUACGUGAGGAAGGUGGAGUCAGUGGUUUUCUCCAUGCUUUUAUUGCUGAAGUGUUUGCCAUGGUGCGCGCACAUGUGGCUGCGCUGGGAGGGAACGCUGUUGUCUCCUACAUAAUGAAGCAGUGUGUCUUCAUGGAGAAUCCAAACAAAAACCAGGCACAGUGUCUUAUAAACGUCAGUGGUGAUGCAGUGGUUUUUGUUCGUGAAUCUGAAUUAGAAGUGGUGUCUACUCAGCAGCCUGCUGCCAGUUGCCAGCCCUCAUGUACUGGAGGAGAAGUCACAACCUGA